GUUCAAAACCCGCCCGCAUUCGCACGUCGAUCGGUCGGCGCCGUGGUGCCGUGGUCCCGGAUGUCGAAAGCCUUGGAACGCGUCCAGAGCGCGCUGAAAGCAGAUCAGCAGAGACACCAGCAGAGACAGCGCGGUGGGAAGGUGCCCACGCAAGAGCUGAGCCUGUUGGACGAUGUGGAGCUGCCGAAGAAGCACCGCUUCAGAGAUUUGGUCUUGCGGAUCCUGACGGUGAACAGGUCUCUGAAGCUUGGAAUCCAGCGGAGCAACUUGAAAGAAUGGCACGAGCUGAGCAAAUUCAGGCCAGCCAGCGAGGAAGACCAUAAGGUCUUUAUGGCCAAUGUCCUGAACAAUUUUCAGCUCAUGGCGCGAUUCUCCCGCUUCCUACGACAGGCCCACGACCACGCUUUCAAGGCCGAGGAGGAGUUCUUUGCAACGGGAAGGCCCAUCGAUAGCGAGGAGUUUCUGAAGAUGAUUGCCAUAAAGCUCCACGAAGCGAAGGUGAGCACUGCGCAUCUUUGCUGGCACGAGUUCGUGAAGCCUUUGCGAGUGCAUCGAGUGAACCUGGAAGCAGGAGUGGAGUCCUUGAAGACCCAGCUGCGGCAACUACGCUCAGAAUAUUUGAAGGAGAUCAGCACCCUGCGGGACAGCCAGCGUCAUCGGCAGGACCCUUUGGAGGGCCUGGCAGACCUGCGAUACUUCUACGAGCCGCUGCACUCCUUGGAGCCGACCGAGCAGGAGUUCAUGGUGAACCUCAUUCGGGAGGUCCUCCGGAUGAUGAUGGAUUCCACGGACGGCAAGCAGAAGAUCUCCUCCUCCGUCCUCGAGCGCUUCGUCUCCGAGGUGCAUGAGAACGAGGUGAAGGCUUUAAAAGACGAGGUCACGCAGAAGAACUGGCAGUUGAAGCAGAUGAAGCAGGCGCAGAACUUCUUGGAGACCCAACUCUUGAAAAACACCCAGAGCCCGAACGAGCGGACCGCGGGGAGCCUGGAGAAGAUGCUGCAGGUCACCGAGGAGCAGCUGUCGCAUGUCCGGGGUGCUUUCUAUGACCUGCAGAAGGAGGAGCACAGGCUCCGCGAGUUGUGUGAAAGCAGCACCGCGGAGCAGAAGGAGAUGGCAGAGCGCUUGGAGCAGGAGAUGUCCGAGAACGGGCUCUUGCAGUCCGAGAUCGCCCGGCUCUGCAGUGUUGAAGAGGAUCAGAAGCAGAUGAUUCAAUCUUUGGAGACGGAACACAUUGAGUUGAAGGAGACUAUCAAAGAGCAGCAAGUAAGGUUGGAGCGCACCCUCGCGCGCCUCAUGCGCCGCGCCGCCAAUGCCGAAGCCGCGGCGUCGCACUGCGAGUCCGGCGCCGCGGCCGGCGCCGUGGAGGGCGCCGUGGAGGGCGCCGUCCGCCCGGCGCCGGCGAGUCCGUCGUCGGUGCGAAGGCCAAGCGCCACCGGCUUGAACCCCUUGGGGGCUGCCCCAGUGGAACUGGAGGACACGGAUUGGCCCAGUUCAGAUCACAAGCUGCGUGGUGCAGAGGAGAAGGCCGAUAUGGAUGGUGCUGCGCGGGUUGAUGUCCAAGAGCGUUGUACCCAGCUUGAGAAGCUGCUGCGGGAACACUGCGUGCAGCUCUCCCUGCUCCCAGCGCAGCAAAUGCAGGAAGAGGCGAAUCAACUCAUUACCACGGCUGAAAGCUUGGGCUGUCAAGUGGAAGCUGUGAACGCUCAGGUGCGCCUCUGCCGCUGCGGCAACGUGUUGAUGGACGACGCCCGGUUCUGCCGGAAGUGUGGUGGACAAUGGACGCCCGGUGAAGCAGGCGGCGCCAGUUCUCAGCAGCUGGCAGCGGAGGUGUCGUCACUGCGCAUGAAGAUCCAGGAGUCGGAGCAGGUUCUGCGCGAGUUCACCAAAGAGUCUGGUGCUUCCACUGGCACUGAAAGCAGCUUCACCAUGUCACGGAUCUUCCGACCGAAGGAUGGAGCGAUGCUCCAGGUGGAGGAGAUCUCACAAGAAGAGCUGCAACAAAGGGACGAGCUCUUACGGCAGAGGAGGCACCUCGAAGAGCUCAAGCAGGGGAAGCUGCUGGCCGAAGCGAAGCUUCUGGCGCAACGCUGCAUGGACCUGUCCAAGGAGAGCGGAGUCGACGUGAUGGCGGCCUUGGACGAGGAGGCGCUGACCUGCUUUGGGUGUGAUGGGGUGAACUGCCAAUACAGGCGGCAAGUGGAAGUCCUGCAAGAGAUGGUGAAGACCUUGCGAGGGCUUUGUGGUCAGCUGAGCGAACGGCUGCAACAAGCCACAGGUGAGCACUUGCAGAUGUCCAUGGCCUUGACCUCCAUGCAAGGGUCGCUGGAAGCAGCCGCCCAGGCGGUGGAGCAAACGAGCCAGGAGGUCGAUUGGGCCGUGGACUCGGUGUCCGGCGGCGAGACGGGUGGCUCGACGGGUGGCUCCGGGGGGGUCACCUUGGCCGAGGCGAAGGCGCAGCUGAAGCGCGUGCUCCGUCAAGUGACCACCUCGUUGCAAGAAACGAAGCGGCGCUCAGUCUUCUGGCGGCUCUACCAGAACAACGGUGCCACUCACCGCCGAAAGUCUGAGAUGCAAGAGAAGCGAGCGGCGCUUCUGAACAAGACCUAUGCACACCUGUACAAGUUGGACCCCGCUGCGGACCUCGGGCCGUCGCUAACGGCCCCCCCGCCGGUACAGGCCGAGGUCCCUCGGGCACCGCCCGUGCUGGCUCCAGCGGCGCCUGCACACAAUCCGAGGGCGAGGUCCUUCUCUUUGCAGCCAACGCAUCCGUCCGCGGAGAAACCCCUGUCGGGUGCUGUGCCUUCGUCGCUGCCGGUCAUCGACCGGCACCAUUCCAAGAAUGCAGCGCCCCUCUCGGCCCGGGCUUUGGCGCCAGUGGUGCGCGUGGAGUUCGGCGAUGAGAUGGCCCCUCCGGCCACGUCGCUGGGCGCGGCGGUGCCGCGCGUGGCCGGCGCGGUCUUCUCACCCAAGAAGACCUCGGCGCGGCGGCCUUCCAAGAGG